AUGGCGUCUCAAAGACAAAUGCUUAUACUAACAUCAAAUGAAGAUCUUAUUCGCCAGUUUGCAGUUAAUAAACCUUUAAACACGCAUAUUAUUGAUUUGAAUAAUGAUCAGCAAACAUCUUCAACUGACAAUCCUAUCAAUCGUGCUCUUCUUGCUAAAAUAUUUCAAUCUAACUCAAAUCAAGAUCAGCUCUACAAACAAGCACUUGAUCAACCACGACCAAAAAAACUUAAAACAGACUCAAUUCGAAAGAAAUCUACUGAUUUAGUGUGUGUCAUAUGUGGUGAUCGUGCCAUUGGAUUUAAUUAUGAUGCUGUAUCAUGUAAUUCGUGUAAAGAAUUCUUUCGUAGAAAUGCUCAUCAUCCUAUAGAAAAUAUUCGAUGUUUGAAAAGUCGAGGUCAAUGCCCUGUUGGAUAUGAAAUGCGACGCAAAUGUGCUCGGUGUCGAUUAGACAAAUGUCUAAGAAUGGGAAUGCGAAGAGAUUCUAUUUUGACUGAAGAACAAAAGCAAGANGAAACAUCUGUAUCACUGUUGGUCUAA